AUGUCUGCGACACACCCCUAUAUCCUCGACGACGACGAUGACAGGCCCACAAUCAAUGAGGAGAGUGACUUUGAUCUUAUCGACUAUGACUCUAACGAUGAGGAGCCCGAGGUUAUCUCUCAUAGGCAAUGUGCUAGCUCAACUGCCUCUGCGCCUGACCUUCUAAGAGCGCCUUCUCUUCAGCACUCAGAAGUCGUGAUAGAAAGUUACCGCUUGGGUAAAGGUCUAGUUAUUAGACCAGAGUCAACAGUAGAGUUGCAUGACCACUUGACACAUGAAAUCAAUACCAGGCAUAGUGGUGAUUUCCUCCGCGUCAAGUUCAUAGUCAUGAACUUGGAGACAGAUGAGGUUCGGCUCCGUGGUCAGCGAAUGCGACGCGUUAAAUAUCUUGGCCAGUUAUUCGAUUGGAAGUUAAAUGAGCUCGCAAUGGUACUACGUAUCAAAGAACAAGACGACCGCGCUCCACUCGUCGCGGGACUAGAGGACGUCAACAUCGACGAAGUGUAUCGCAUUCGCGAAUGCACAUUAACAAACAAGCCAUAUCCAUUCGUCAGUUUCCGAACUUGUGGAAAAUUGUCUGUUCCUUUUGGCAUGAGCCAAGAAGAAAUAAAGUUCCAAAUCUUCCAUGCGGGAAGACUAACUUGCAGAGUUAUGAACAUACAAUACAUAAAUAAACACGGAAAAUCAUACAGUGGGGUCGUCAGAUAUCUAUAUGCUAAAGAGGCAGAUAAAUUUAGAGACGUGGAACAGUUGACGCAAGCUGGUGGAUCUCGAAAGACUGCAAUCCCAAUCGGAAUUGAAGAUUCAGACGAUUGUGUAGUUGUUACCAAGGAUUGCUUUACUUCUAGGAACAAGAAGCGCAGUAGGCACGCCGAUUCUUCUGGUUCGGCUACUCGAAGAAGCAAGCCAAGAUUCAGUAGCAACAGAGACCAGAUAACCUAUGGAGACGUAUAUUGUGGAGUCGGUGGUGGAUCUCAAGGCGCUUUGCAAGCGGGUUACUCAGUUGCUUGGGGGCUGGACAAAGAUGAUCGCGCUAUUGAAGCUUACAGGCUGAACCACCGUGGUGCUUAUGCGUUCAAGAUGGAUGCACAUAAUUUUCCGCCACCAGGCAUCAGCCAGAAGGCAUGGAGGGUAGAUGUCCUCCAUCUGUCCCCUCCGUGUUGCUAUUGGAGUCCUGCGCAUACUCAACCAGGACCGAAUGACCAAGCAAAUUACGAGUCGCUGUAUACCGUCGGUCCAAUCUUGAAGAAAGUGAAGCCUCGAGUGGCAACUCUGGAGCAGACCUCUGGUUUGUUAACAAACCGAGAACACAAACGGAACUUUUUCACGCUGCUCAAUGAUAUUGGGCAGGCUGGAUAUGACUUGCGGUACAAGAUCCAAGACUUGUCAGAAUUUGGUCUCGUGCAGCAACGUAAGCGACUUCUUAUCAUUGCUGCUAGGCGCGGGAUGCCUUUGCCACCUUUCCCCAAACCCACACAUGGGCCUCCCGGUAGCGGCUUCAAGGAUCUUAUCACGAUUGCGGAUGCGCUCCUGCCAUUGAGGCGUCCGGGGUAUGAAGCCAGGACCGACACCUAUAACCAACCUCGUUUCUUUGCUUCUGCCAAAACACCAUAUAGUGUAAAUUCGUACCUGAAAGGGUGCAUAACGACCGGAGGAACUACCGCAUAUCAUCCCUCUGGCACGCGGCCCUUCACUGCAAGGGAACUAUCUCUUCUUCAGAGUUUCCCGCGCACUUAUCAGUUCACUGGGUCAAAAAGUGAGGCGACGAAACAGGUGGGAAACGCUUUCCCCCCCAUAAUGGCUCAGGCUUUGUACCGCAGCAUCGCCAAAACCUUGAAGGCAUAUGAUCAGGGCCUGAUUGGAGCGGAAAACGUCGAAGAGCUUUCCGAACAUGGCGAAGAGAUCAUCAACUUACUCAGUGAUGACGAUGACGAUGAAGAAAUUGAGAUUCUCAGUGACUGA